AUGUACCUCACUGAGGACAAACUGUGGGGAUUUAUUGGUUAUGAUGCUUAUCUGUUUGAAGAUGCGUACCAGAUUGCAGGUCCUUCUUCAGUUAUCAGCAAUGACGAUGAUUCAGCCAGUCCCCUCCACCACAUCUCAAACGGCAGUAACACUCCAUCUUCUUCUGAGGGAGGUCCUGAUGCAGUCAUCAUUGGAAUGACGAAAAUUCCUGUCAUCGAAAAUCCCCAGUAUUUUGGAAUUACCAACAGUCAGCUCAAGCCAGACACCUUUGUGCAGCACAUCAAGCGCCACAAUAUCGUUCUUAAAAGAGAACUGGGAGAAGGAGCCUUUGGGAAAGUCUUUCUGGCGGAAUGCUAUAACCUCUGUCCUGAGCAGGACAAGAUCUUGGUGGCAGUGAAGACGCUGAAGGAUGCCAGUGACAAUGCCCGCAAGGACUUCCACCGCGAGGCAGAGCUGCUAACUAACCUGCAACACGAGCACAUUGUCAAGUUCUACGGCGUCUGUGUCGAGGGCGAUCCGCUCAUCAUGGUCUUUGAGUAUAUGAAGCACGGAGAUCUUAACAAAUUCCUCAGGUAA